CAUACUUGCCACGGACCACGUCACGCGUUCCCUUUCGUUUCGUGUACUUUUUCCUCCGCUGGACAACUUUAAUCCAGACAUGUUAGCAACUGCUACACUCGAGUAGGCUUUGCGAGCUCAUUUGUACGCAUUCCGCGCGGGUUUGGCAAUUUAUACAGCGGCAAUUUAUACAGCGGCGAAACAUGCUAGUUGAAACGGAUAAAGAAGCGGAACGAUAAUAUAACGGCGACGGUGUUUUACACUUGACGGCACGCUUCCGGUCAGUCACGUUAGCUGCUAGCAUGUGAGAAUAAGACUCAAAACCAGUGAUUGCGCUUGGUUAAGCCUAUUUUGUACUAUUUCUUUUACGGAAAUGUGAUAUUUAUUGACACUGUGACAUCGCAUUAGGAUUUUUUUUCUUUUUUAAGUGGCGUUUGUGCGUCGCCUAAAAGGUUCCGGAGGCAAGCGUGCUAGUCGCUAGCAUGACAGGCUAUUGCUUGUUAGUUUAACAUUCACGUGACAACAGCAGUGCCAAGCUAACGCAUUGAAUAUACCAGCUAAGGUUUUUUUUUUUUCUAAAAUAUAUUUUUACGCAAAUGCGUCAUUCAAUGUUGUUUAAAAGUCCGGCGUUUGUUCGUCGCCUAAAAUGUUCCGGGGGCAAGCAUGUUAGUCGCUAGCAUGCUAGGCUAAUGCUUGUCAAAUUAACAUUGAUACCAUAUGGCAGGCGAACGCAGCGAUUGUACUGCCCGCGCGUGUUUAAGUUAUGUUUUUUUUUUUUUAUCUUGGGAUUAUGAUUUUUUUUUCUACAUUUCCGGCAUGUUCCGGCGUUAUGCGUUUUACUUUCUUGGCAUACUAGGCUAGUGCUUGGCAAUUUAACAUUGACACGAUAUGACAGGCUAACGCAGUGAUUAUACUUGGCGAGUAUUUUCUUUUGUAUUUUUCUGUAAAUACGUUAUUUAAUGUUACUUUUUAAUGGUAUUAGGAACCAUUUUUUAAAAGUCCGGUGUUUGUGCGUCACCUAAAAUAUUCCGGAGGAAAGCGUGCUGGGCGCUAGCACGCUAAGACUGUGCUCGUCAGUUUAAUAUUGAUAUGACAAUGGUAGGCUAGCGCACUUAAAAUGAAUUCAUCCAUGCCAUAAUAUAUUGCAAAUAUUUAUGGUAAUUGAUGACAUGUGCUAAUAUUUAUUUAUACAUUUUGGAUGCGUUGCCUAAAUUCUUCCGGGAGGCAACACACUCCCUGUUUUCAACGUGGACAUGUCGCAAGAAACUCCCAAAACGCCUUUAAGUCCAUUAAAAAUGAGAGGAAAACAACGACAAUAAUUUGGAUAUCAACGCUUAUAUGAGCAUGUCGUUCCGAGAACGCGCAGAAGCUCAGCUCGCAGAGCUAGAGCUGUUGACCAGCAUGUUCCCCACGCGUGAAGAACUGGAGAUAGUGGAUCAGCUGGCUCUGGCCGAGUUACGGGACUACGUGGAAGCCCAGAGCUCGUCCUUGUCGGUACAACCUCCCUCCUCCAGACCGCAGUUCGUCAUCAAGCUCAGGCUGGAGGAUGACACAGGAGACGCUGACGUGGUGGAUUUCAUUCUCUCCUGCACGUAUCCUCCUGAAUAUCCUAGUAUGGUCCCGGAGUUAACAGUCCAGUGCGGUGGAUUGAGCCGAGCCCAGCGGACGCAGCUCCACGCGGUCCUCCGCGCUCACCUCGCCGAAACCUGCUCUGGAGAAGUUUGCGUCCUGCCGGCGGUGGUGUGGCUAAAAGACAACUUGCGCACGUUCGUCGAUGCAAACUCGUCAGCGCCGCCACAGCUUGAGAGCGACGCGGCGGGCGAGUUGUUCACUCGCCUGUGGAUCUACAGCCACCACAUUUACAACAGCGCCAAGAGGAAGAACAUCUUGGAAUGGGCCAAGGAGCUCCAAUUGUCGGGUUUCAGCAUGCCGGGGAAGCCCGGGAUUGUUUGCGUGGAAGGCGCACGAGAGGCUUGCGAGGAGUUCUGGGCCAGAGUGAAGUCUCUUACCUGGAAGCGAAUCAUGAUUCGCCACCGAGAAGACCUUUCCCUCCGCGACUCGCCGGACUUGGACUCCCUUCGCAAAUUCUCCGCUUUCCAAGAAGCCGUUUUUGAGCCGCGAGGAAAACACAUGGACUUGGGCCUGCUAUAUCAGUUCUUGCGGGAGAGAGGCUGCCACGACGUCUUCCAGAUGUUUUUCGGCGUGGAGGGAAAGAGCUAGGUUAUCUUCCGCACGGGCUAAACCAGGGGUGGGCAAACCGGUCCUCGAGGGCCGCAGUGGGUCCUGGUCUUUGUUCCAACUGACCAAGCACAGAUAGUUGAACCAAUGAGGUUUCAGCAGAAAUGAGAAGCACCUGACUGCAAUUUACAGAUAGCACUUGUAAAACAGCAGAUUGGUGAAAAGGUGUCCUCUUAAUGGGUUGCAACAAAAACCCGCACCCACUGCGGCCCUUUGUGGAAUAGUUUGCCCACCCCUGGGCUAAACUAUGGUUUUGAGGGACUGAUGCAUAAAGCAUUCAAAGACUUUGUUGAACUAUUAAAAAAAAAAUCAGCCAGCUUAUAUGCAAAUAUUGUCGUUUUUCAUGUAUUUUUUAAAUAUUCUAUUCGCAACCGUAUUCCAAACCCAACAGCAAAUUGGGUAUUUUAAAUUUAAUGUAAAUUUUUUAUUGAGUAACAGGGUGCAUAUCUGAGACAUUGGUGCCUAGGGAGUUAGUUGGAUCGUCCUCAAAAUUGGUGAGACUGUUCAUGAGACAUAUGAGAUCUAAAGUUAUUAAAAAUGGUGUGUUUUCAUUCACGGGCCUGACCUGGGCGGGGUUCCAUUUUUUGGCAACAUGCAAAAUUCAGUAAAUGACUAAUAACUCCCUGAUACAAUGUUUACUCUUUUUCAUAUCUUGCAUGUAUGAGAGUCUUUAAUAUCUGACAUGUAUGUGAAGUAUCCCAGACUGAACACGACUGCAUUGAAAUAUUACCCAUUAGGCCUGGCACUCCCUGCUGGGAACAAGAAACACCUCUUUUUUUUUUUUUUUUUUUUUUACUACUAGACAGGCUUCUGGAAGGGAAAAAAAUCAAUUGACCUCAAACCUGCAUCAGGGUAACCUUAAGACGUGUGUUCAGGUGCCUGAUGAAAAAUAUUGAGGUUUCGUUGAAGUAGAGGGGUCCAAACAGGUAAGUAAAAAUGACCAUCCGCAUUUUGUCUUAGCACAAAUUUUGAACAGUCAUAACUUGGCAGAUAUACAACAUAUCUGCGCCAAACUUCCCGUGCUUUUUGAGUCGUACCCUGAAAGGUCCUGUAGGGGUCAUUUGCAUCAACCCUACAGCGCCAACAAGUGGCAACAGAAAGACUCAUUUUACCUAUACAGGUCCAGUUCGUUUCAGGUUAGUCAUUUUUGGUUACAAGAACUUUGGUUAUACUACAUUUUAAGGCCCAUGUCUCUGUUGCUGUGAUGACCCUUUGUUCAAGUAUAUUUUUUCAGGGACUUAGGCAGUUUAUAGAGCCAAGAAAUUUGGCACACUUGGUUAAAUUGGCCCAGUCCGAAGAUUCAUUUCGGUUUGGCUGUGUGGGCACAGUUCAAUAGCACCUCCUUUUUUCUUGGACCCUCUUCAAUAGUUGUUUUUCCACCUAGGUGUAUGCAUGUAUUUCUAAUCCCCAAAAAAGAGGCGCGUUUGGAGGAUGUUAGGUUCUCAUGAGAUGAUGACAGGAAGACGAUCUGCCACCACCCUGAUCUGCUUGCCGUCCAAGUUGUGCCAAAGUGGGAGGGCCCGUUCAGUCCUCCUUAUGGGCCUUGUUUCACUUAUUGUAGUUUUAAACUGAAAACAAGGGAAUUUAACUGAGUUUAAGGAGGUGUGUUUUUGCAGCGUGGGAGAGGAAGAACUCAUUUGAUUUUUCAAUUCAUUGUCUGCCAUUGACGUUAAUAGACGUCUAAUCCAUUCGAAGUGGGUGGAAUCUAUCUAGGUUGUUAUCAAGUCACCGGACUAACAGAGCCUUCUCCGCUGCCGCCCCCUCCCUUUGGAACUCACUCCCAAAACCCAUUCGUUCAUGUUCAGACCUUCCCACAUUCAAAAAACUGUUAAGAACUCACCUUUUUAAACUAGCUUUUAACUUAUAAUUAUUUUCUUGUUUUGUUCUGUCCACGUUGUUUGCUGUUUCUGUUCCUACUGUAAAGCGUCUUUGAGCAUUGGUAAAAGCGCUCAACAAAUAAAAUGUAUUAUUAUUAUUAUUAUAACAGUUUGCACUUUUAAUAGCACUACGCCUGCAGAGGCGGUUCGAUUCACUAAUGGGGAGUGUGUAUAGAUUUCAUCCAGAGAAUUAUAGAUAACAAACUCUUCAUUUUCAUUUCAAGAUAAGCUUGAAAAAUCACCCCAAUUAAAAGUUGCCCGGGCUCGAACGUGGCUGUUUUUUCUUUUUAAAGAGCAAUUCACACAGGAUGAUCAUUACCUGCGGAACUUUGCGGUAAUUGCGGGGAUCUUGAUCCUUUGAUAAUAACUUUUUUUGGUGUGAUUUUGAAGGAAAAAUUCCAGGCAAAUUAACAUUACAUCAUACCCAGUGAUAAAAAGGCUUUUAGUUGUGUUUAACCCUUUCGUGCCUAAAUUUGACACAAAAAAUAUGAAUAGUAAUUAAAAAUGUUUUUGGGAAAAUUCUAAUAUACAGUGGGGCAAAUAAGUAUUUAGUCAACCACUAAUUGUGCAAGUUCUCCCACUUGAAAAUAUUAAAGAGGCCUGUAAUUGUCAACAUGGGUAAACGUACACCAUGAGAGACAGAGUGUGGGGGGAAAAAAACAGAAAAUCACAUUGUUUGAUUUUUAAAGAAUUUAUUUGCAAAUCAUGGUGGAAAAUAAGUAUUUUGUCAAUACCAAAGGUUCAUCUCAAUACUUCAUGUACCCUUUGUUGGCAAUAACGGAGGCCAAACGUUUUCAAGCUUUUCACACACUGUUGCUGGUAUUUAGGCCCAUUCCUCCAUGCAGAUCCCCUCUAGAGCAGUGAUGUUUUGGGGCUGUCGUUGGGCAACGCGGACUUUCAACUCCCUCCACAGAUUUUCUAUGGGGUUGAGAUCUGGAGACUGGCUCAGCCACUCCACGAACUUGAAAUGCUUCUUACGAAGCCACUCCUUUGUUGCCCUGGCUGUGUUUGGGAUCAUGCUGAAAGGCAAUUUUUACAGAAAAUAAUUACAGUACAGCUGAAACAAAUGAUUAUAACAAUAUAUUUGAGAGAAAAAGCAUGUUAUUUUGCCUCAUUCAAAUCUUAAUAUCUGAACAUUUAAAUAUGUAAACUAAAGUGCAAUCACAUUCGUAAAUGAAUGGCUUGUUUUUUUAAAUGUAAAUAAACCAAUCUAUUUUGAUAAAACAACAAAAUUGCAUUAACCAUCAAAGUGAAGUCUAACUGUAACUAGUCUUGAAACAAAUCUGAAUAAGGAAAAACAUUGCAAUAAAAUAAUGCAAACUGGUUAAACUUGAGAGUAGCGGAGGCCUGUCAUGACAGAACAUCGCUUCAAUGAUAUCUGGCGCCAUCUAGCAUCGUGAAUGGGUAUACUGUCUAGACCGCGAAUAUAAGACGACCCCCUCUUUUUCAGUCUUAUUUCAAUGCAAAAAACACCGUCUUAUAUUCGGGCCAUAUACGGUACAUUUUUUGUGCAAUUUUCACACUACUUUUUGUAGGCGACAAAACUUUUUGUCUCGCCAAAAUUUGACCUUUAUAUCUUUAUCAAUUGAUAAAUCUUUUUUUAGUGAAACAAAUAUAUUUUGUACAUUCAACACCAUUAGGGAGGGUCUUAGCUUUCAUAUGAGCUAUUUCUGAAAGCAAUUGAAUCAUUAAAAGUCAGGUUAGUAGCAAAUGUUUCUGCAAAAUGGAUAAGCGACACCACUUUUGUCAGGGACUGUAUUUCCUUCCGCUUGCUCUAUAAAAGUAACAUUUACUGACCAUCACAAUGUUUUUUAUUCAUUUCUUUUAGUGUUUCUGAAUGCUGAAGAGGUGCACUUUUGAACGAAUUCUUUUUUCUUUUUUUUUCCCAAGCUUUUUAUCUGAGUUUGUUCUACAUGAUAAAAUGUCUGAGUGCUCGUCUCAGACUGGUGAUUCCAUACUUUUUGCUAGGGGUUGUAUAUGUUCAAUUCAGACAACAGUGUUAACCCAUUUAAACACCGUUUUCGAGUCACGUUUAGGCGAAGUGCCUGUUUUAGCCAGUAGAUGGCAGCGUUUACAAGCUCAGUGCUUUCAAUUUAAAACCCAUGAAUAAUAAAAAUCAACGAAUAUUUUCUGGCUCAGAGAUAGUUGGGAAUAUGUUUUUUUACCGAAUGUGCGUCAUGAAAGUACUUGUAAUUGUUGUCCACGCUUAUUGACCCGAUGUGUGUGUGUGUGUGUUCUUUUGUU